AUGCCCCAUUCCAAUCUUGUUAUCUUCGCCGCCGGCGUUGUUGCCGUAGCAUACUUUCUCGCUCGCAAAACGGUUGCCCAAGACAGUCGCGAGCCACCGCUGGCUCCCCAAUCAGUUCCCCUCGUUGGGCACAUGAUUGGGAUAUCGCGCAGCAAGUUUAACUACUAUGUUUGCCUCAGCAAGCAGGUUGCGGCUCCCAUUUUCACCAUGGCCCUCCUCAGCCAGAAGAUGUACGUGGUGACCAGCCCAGCCCUCGUUCAAUUGGUGCAAAAGCAGCACAAGACCCUUGCCUUCCCGCCCAUUGAAGCCAAGUUUGCAUCUACCGUUUGUGGCACCAGUAAAGAGGCGCAGUCUAUACUAGCCAAGACCGUCAACGGCGACGAUGGCGAUUUUGGUUUAUCAAUGGAGUCAUACGAGGCGAUGCGGUCCUCUCGGACCCAACUACAGCCCAAUAAGGGAGAAACCAAAGCUCUGAGCAUGUACUCCUGGUUGAGAGAUGCCAUCACGACGGCAACUACCCCGUCCGUAUAUGGUCCCAUGAACCCAUAUGACGAUCCCGGGAUUAUUGAUGCUCUUUGGGAGUUCGAAUGCGGACUUAUGUCAAUCCUCAUCGGCAUCCUUCCUUCACUAACCGCUCGGAAGCCCAUAGCGGCUCGAAACAAGGUUGCGAAAGCCUUUGAGAAAUGCUACAAAGCAGGGGGUUUCAAGCAUGCGUCAGCUCUUGCCAAAAAGCGUUACCAAGCAGAGGUAGACAACAACGUGUCCAUAGAAGAUAUCGCCCGCUAUGAAGUUGGGGGUUUAAUCGCCAUCUUGGUGAAUACAGCCCCUGCAGCUUUUUGGACUCUGCUUCUGCUUCACUCUCACCCAGACCUCCCUAGUGACAUCCACAAAGAAGUCGAUGCCUGUACUAGGACAUCAACUGAAAAUGGUAAUAAGGCCAAAGCCCUUGAUAUCACUACCGUUAAGAAGAGCUGCUCUCUACUCCUCUCAUCCUACCAAGAAGUCCUUCGCUAUCGAUCUAUGGGUGCAUCUGUACGCGAGGUCAUGGAGGGCACCUACCUCGACCAAUGGCUACUGAAGAAGGGCGCCAUGUUACAAGUGCCUAGUGGUGUCAUUCAUCAAGAUAGCAGCCUCUGGGGAGACGAUGUGGAUGAGUAUAACCCGCGCCGAUUCCUCCCGGAGCAGAGGAAGAACCGUCCGCGAGACGUUUGCUUCCGCCCCUUUGGUGGUGGUAAAACUCUAUGCCCUGGUCGCCACUUCGCUACGAAUGAGAUCCUAGCCGUUGUUGCUACCUUCAUUGCGAGAUUCGACAUGAAACUUGUAGAAGGCGAGUGGAAGAUUCCGACCACCACGAGCACUAAUAUUUCCGCUGUUGUGAUGCAGCCAGACCAUAAUGUUGAGGUUGAAAUCCAGACGCGUCAAGGGUUUGAAGAUAUUAACCGGGUUAUUAAUCUGCAGACAUCAGAGAACAUAUUUGCUUUAGUGACAGAGGACAAAGGUGAAAUUGCUUAA